AUGACCCACAUGAACGAGGACACCAAAAAGGCGUCAAUCGACGCUCUUGAAGACCGGCUUCGAAAACGCAAGAUGGAUAUGGACAUCGAAGCCCUCAGGCUCAAAGUCGAACUCCGUGAAGUCGAGUUGGAAAAACGCGAAUUAAAUCUACAGGACAAGAUUGAAAAUUUCAAAAAGCGCGAGCUUAUAUUCAACACGCAGUGCUUCGAGACUGAGAAUGACCUAAUGGUGUGGACGGCAUUCAAGAGAGGCCUUUUGGGAGAGCCCAGCUUGAGGGAAACCGAACUCGAAAAGAAUGGGGACAUCAAUGCUUUGCAGCGAUAUCGACGGGAUCGGUAUAUCUACGAAUUAGAUCUCCACGGCGGCAGUGAUUGCUUGGAGGAUUUCCUUGAAACGGAGAGACAGCUGCGAGAGACAAUUCAGAGGAUGACGCGCUUGGGAGAGCAGAACAAACAAGAGUUUGAGGAUUUGCAGAACAGAUAUCGGUACCUUGAGCGCCAAUGGGGGAAGUAUCGCAGCGCAUUCUCCAACGGCCCUUUGUCAAGAGCGUUUGACUUGUGGCGGUCCCACCCGAGAUGGUACAUGCAUCCUGUGCUUCGGGAGGACUGUGCUGCGAGAGGGGGGUGCUGUAGUCGUGAGUGUGGAUGUUGUCUGAAUCGUAGCCUCAACUUAGCUCGCACACAUGCUGCUGGGCACUGUACUGCCGAGUGUGGCUGUUGCCGUAAAGCUGAGGUACCUGGUCUUUCCGAGGCCAAGGAGCUGGCACUACGAGAUGGACACCCUGGUGUUGAAACAGACCUACCAAUGGAAUUUUCAGUCCCUCAAGAAGGAGGGAAGGGCAAUGAACCGCAACAUCUGCACUCCGAAGAAGAAAUGAGGAGGAUAAUCGGGGAGCAUCAUAUUCAUAUUGAGGACCUUGACAAUGAUUACGAGUCAUCUGACUCUGAGGGCGACUACGCCGAGUUCACUGAUGGCGAAGAGUCUUUUGAAGAAGAACACUACUAUAGUCGGAUUACCCAGGCUUCAAUCUGGGGACUGAUGAUCGGCAGCAGUGAGAACCCAUUUGAUCUGAUUGACGAGACAUCGGGAUCUGAACAGACUAGUGCUCAAACCGGAGAUGCUGAUGACGGGGACACAGACUCGUUCGGCUUGGUUGGCCAUGAUGGGGAUUCAAUGGUGACGGACACGGACUAG